UCGCUCUUCACGUUCCUGUUCGGCAGCCACUUUGCACGUUCCAAAGACCGCCAGCUCCCUACACAGGAAGCGGCGAGCCUCGUUGUUCUCCCGGGGGCAAAGCGCCGGGCUCGCCUCUUGCAGCCUCAGGCCCUUUCCCUACAGCAUCCAGGCACCACGGCGGGCCGAGAGGGAGGUGCCGUGGAAAUCCGUGCAUCAGCUCGGCUUGCUGCGGCCGGGCCGGCUCUGCUCCUGCGGGUCUGAGGCCGCGGCGCGAGGGGAGGGGCCCGCGCGCUGUCAGCACCACGCCCCCAACCCCGCGGCUCUUCCCAGGACCCAGCCUAGGGUUACGGGCCAGGCACUGAACACGGUUCGCUGGGCUAGCGGGAGCCGCAGCCCGUCUGCGCCCUGGGUUGCAGUUCACGUGAGCUGGAUGUGCUUCCCCAGGGCCUUUGUCGUGAGCCGCUCGCGGGGCUCGCACUGCCCUGUGCCCUGCAUCCUCCUCCCUUGCGAGCGGGGCUAGUGACCGCGUUGUCUCUGGUCUCGAGACUCACUUUGAAAUCCUAUCCCGUCGUUUCUGGGUGGGUUCCUGUUUAACAGGUAUGAUGUCAAGUGUGAUGCUGAUGCUACAGUGACUAAGCCAGCCUCUUUUGGCGCAGACUCUGUCAUCCUAUCUGUGCUCCUAGCUCGGGGUUUCAGAGUAGGGCAUCUCAUAAUCAGGUCACAUUCCACUGAGGAUCCACCAUCCAUCUCUCCCUAAAUCGCGAGACCAGAGAGGGAAGAAGACAAAUAAUUGCUUUGCAAGAGGUGGAGAAAAAAAGACCAAGAUCAGAGAUGAGAGCCCCAGGCUGUUGUCUGGUGCUACUGUUGCUGUUGGCUGUCGCCUUGGCGGAAGGGGACAGCAAAGGGGGUAAAGACGGAGACCAUCCAGGCAAUUUUAUGGAGGACGAGCAAUGGCUGUCUUCCAUUUCUCAAUACAGCGGCAAGAUCAAACACUGGAACCGCUUCCGAGACGAUGACUAUAUCAAGAGCUGGGAAGAUAAUCAGCCAGUUGAUGAAGCUUUGGACACAACCAAGGACCCCUGCCAGAAAGUGAAGUGUAGCCGGCACAAAGUUUGCAUUGCCCAGGGCUACCAGAGGGCUAUGUGUAUUAGCCGCAAAAAGUUAGAGCACAGAAUCAAGCAGCCUGCCCUGAAACACCAUGGAAACAAAGAAAGCUUUUGCAAACCAUGUCACAUGACCCAGCUCACAUCUGUCUGCGGCUCUGAUGGACACACUUACAGCUCUGUGUGCAAACUGGAGCAGCAAGCCUGCCUGACCAGCAAGCAGCUGGCGGUGAAGUGUGAGGGCCAGUGCCCCUGCCCGACCGAGCAUGGCCCCACCUCAACCACAGAUGUCAAACAAGAGACUUGUACCGGGCAGGACUUAGCAGACCUGGGAGACCGUCUGCGGGACUGGUUCCAGCUCCUACGUGAGAACUCCAAGCAGAACAAUUCUGGAAACCCAGGGGCCAAUCCAGUGAAUGUGCUGGACAAGAGCCUGGUGGCCAGUUGCAAGGAUUCCAUUGGCUGGAUGUUUUCCAAGCUGGACACAAACAAUGACCUUUUCCUGGACCAGACAGAGCUCGCAGCUAUCAACCUAGACAAGUAUGAGAUUUGCAUCCGGCCCUUCUUCAACUCCUGUGACACCUAUAAGGACGGCCACGUCUCCACUGCCGAAUGGUGCUUCUGCUUCUGGAGAGAAAAGCCCCCCUGUCUCGUGGAGCUGGAAAGGAUCCAGAUCCAAGAAGCAGCAAAAAAGAAACCUGGUGUUUUCAUUCCAAGCUGCGACGAAGAUGGAUACUACAGGAAGAUGCAGUGUGACCAGAGCAGUGGGGAGUGCUGGUGUGUUGACCAGCUUGGCAUGGAGCUGACGGGAACACGGAUACGUGGAAACCCGGACUGUGAUGACAUAGUUGGGUUCUCGGGGGAUUUUGGGAGUGGCGUUGGAUGGGAGGAUGAGGAAGAGAAAGAGACUGAGGAAGCUGGAGAAGAGGCUGAAGAAGAAGAGGGAGAGGCAGACGAUGGAGGCUACAUAUGGUAGAAGCGGAGAAGAGCACAGUUUGGUCGGGAUGCUGGCAGCAAGGCGUGACAGCAGUCAAACUCGAAGGAGAUGAGCAGCUUAAUGAGAUGAUCAGGAAACACAGUUGAAUGUAACUUACUAUGUAGAAAAAGUGUGUGCGCAUGUAUGUAUGUGUGGAUGCUUGGAGUGCUAUUUACAAUGCCCCAGGGACACCCUGCAUUCUCCCAAUAUAGCUGAAAGCACCACUGUAGCAAAGCAAAAGUAAAAAGCAGUCUGCAGUG